CUUGUUACAGUAGCGCUGAAGAUAUGGUGGAGGCCAAGGUGAUGCGCAGGCGUACACUUCACGCUAGAGAAACCAAAGCAGCUCCAAAUGGUUGAAGCUGAUUGGUGGAAGGGGGGCGCGUGGAUAGCGACUCUCCCUCAAAUUUCACGUCAUUGCCAUCGCUCUCAUCGUGCAUCAGCAUCGAACACAAUUUGGUUGUUGGUUCAAUCAUUUUCAUUCCCUUAAUUGAGUUUUCUUAAUGUUCAAUUCAUUUACACUUGUGGCGAUGGCGCUGCUUUAUCUCAUUUGAUUUUAUUUUCAAAUUCCAGUAUGAGACCGACUCAAUCGCCGCCGCCAACGCCGCCAUCCUCAUCUAACCCUAAGUCCCACUCCCACCGCCGCGGCAUAGACCUGACCUUGCCGUUGCCGUUACCGGUGCCGGACCGAGCCACAUCAACAUCAUCAUCCUUUGGACCGCCCCUUCCCCUUCCCCUUCCCCCUCCCCCUUCUACCCUCACCGUCCCCUUCUCCGAGCUCGACCGCCUCAACCGAAUCGGCAGCGGAUGCGGUGGCACCGUCUACAAGGUCCUCCACCGAACCACCGGCCGCGUGUACGCUCUCAAGGUUAUAAUCGGCAAUCACGAGGAAUCGGUCAGGCCGCAGAUCCACCGGGAAAUCCAGAUCCUCCGGGACGUGGAUGACCGGAACGUGGUGAAGUGCCACGACAUGUACGACGAGAACGGGCAAAUCCAGUUGCUGCUAGAGUUCAUGGACGGAGGGUCCCUGGAAGGGAAACACAUCCCCGACGAGAAACAACUCUCGGAUGUGGCAGGUCAGAUUCUCCGGGGAGUGGCGUACCUCCACCGGCGGCACAUCGUCCACCGGGACAUAAAGCCGUCGAACCUUCUUAUAAACUCGAGGAAGGAGGUGAAGAUAGCAGACUUCGGGGUGGGACGUAUGCUGAAAGAAACGAUAGAACCUUGCAAUUCAUCGGUGGGUACGAUAGCAUACAUGAGCCCGGAGAGGAUAAACACGGAGAAGAAUGAGGGGCGUUACAACGCGUACGCAGGGGAUAUAUGGAGCUUUGGUGUGAGCAUAUUGGAGUUUUAUAUGGGAAGGUUUCCAUUUGGAAAGCAUGGAGAUUGGGUGAGCUUGAUGUGUGCCAUAUGUAUGUCUCAGCCCCCUCAGGCCCCCCCUACUGCUUCCCUCCAUUUCAGGGAUUUCGUGUCUCGCUGUUUGCACAGAGAUCCCUCCCGCAGGUGGACUGCCUCUGCCCUCUUGGCCCACCCUUUUAUUGUUCUUUCUUCCUAAUCGUAUGUUACGGGCAAAAGAAAGAGAGGAGCUCCUACAUGGGCUAAGACUUUAUAGUGGAUGUUUAAUUGCAUUUUUAUGAACUGAGGUACUGCAUGUCAGUAUUGUAGGAAGGGUAUAAUAGUCAUUAAGCUGUCAUAAGCUGUUAGAUGAGGUGGCAGUUAGUUAGGAAUUGUAGCCAUGUGUCCAAUUGGUGGAAUGCACGAGGUUAGCUAGUUGUCAAGUGUUACAAGGGCAAUUGUAAACAGAGAAGACUUCAUUCUGAAUAAUA